AUGGUCAUGUGUAACUCGCUGGACGUGGAUGUAGAUGUUGAUUGGCUCUACAAGGGUAAGAGAAAGGCCAAAACUCAGGAAAAGACCGGUCGUCGGGAAAGGUCGUCUUCCGUCUCCAAUGGAUCUCUCGGUCACCUUUCGGCGCAGUCGGAAGGCUCAGAAACACAACCAGCAAAAGAAUCCAAACCGGCUAAAGUCAAGAAACAACCAGCUCUCUCGGGAGCUGAAAAGCCGGCGGCUCCUAAUUCGCCAACUCCGCAACGGUCGAGUUCGGUCAACGAGAACAAUACAAAGUCGAAAAAAUCUCUCUUUGGCUCUAUUUUCAGAAGAAACAGUCACGGCUCUGGAGAAAGGCCUUCUAUUUCUAUCCCACUGCCCAGAAGCAGGUCCAGUUCGGGCUCCGGCGGUGGGCCGUCGCCAACUACCACGGGCGCGCAACCAAUACCAUCCAUGAACAUGGCUGUUUCGCAGUAUUUGAAAGAACCUUCAUCACCAGAGGUCAAAGAUACGGCCCCAAUACACGAAGAACGUGUGAUUUUGAAUCGCAACCCUCAUAGAAAAUCUCUUCCUAUCGAAAGUCUAUCGAACCUUUCGCUCAAAAGAGUUACUUUCGCUGUCGACCGGUUUGGUAUGGAUCCACCGCAGCAAAUUCCCAGUCGCAAACCUAAACGAGGAGACGUUUUGGUACCCCAAGACAUGAUUUGUCCUACCCCCUCUAUCUCUGUAGGAAUUACCAACACUCAAGGUAGUGUCGAACAAGCUGCCUCACCCUUAAAUGAGGAGUCCAAAGAGUACAAGGUGGCCCUGGAAGAUUAUCGUAAAGCUCUGAAGGAGUCCGAUAAGCAUCAACAAGAGGCACAUUAUGCUGCUCAACGUAUUGCACACGAAGUUAUCAAUUUCAAGUCUAAGAAUGCACCCAACGCUUUAAGUGCACAACCUAGUGCCAAUGCUAGUGUUUCUCAGGCUAUGGGUAAUUCUGACUCAACGUCGAUGGCUGCUAACCCUACCAAUACGCCAAUUGACGACAGAAUUAAAAAUCUAGAGAUAGAUAAACCUAUCCACAUGCAUGAAAACCACUUUGAUACUGAGCCUCAAACUCUAUCGGAAAAUGACGAUAAACUGACUUUAGAUAAAAUCUACACUCGGUGCUGUCACUUGCGAGAGAUAUUGCCAAUACCAUCUACACUAAAACAAGUUAGAGGAAAAUCGGCUCCUCUUCAAACACUCAAAUUCUUAAAUCCGAGACCAACGCUCAUAGAUGUCCUAUCAUUUUGCGACUUUAUUUCCAUUGUGCCCAUCCACAAUGUUAUUUUUGACAACGUUAAUCUGACCCAUGAAAUGUUGAAGAUAGUUAUCAGGUCUCUUGUUAACAGUACUGUUGUCGAGAAGAUUGGGUUCAGAAACGUUGUAUUCUAUCCAGAAGGGUGGAAGUUGUUGUGCAAAUUCUUGUUGAGAAAUAACUCCCUAGUGAAACUAGAUAUUUCGCAGACUAAAAUAAAGCCCGACCUUCCUAAAGACUUAAAUCGCGCUAACAUGGACUGGAACUUAUUCAUAGACGUUCUUCAACGUCGUAACGGGAGGACUUUAGACGAACUGUUGGUGAAUGGUGUAAAAUUUGAGAAUUUUGAUGUUUUUGUCAGUCUGCUUAAUACAUUCGCUUCAGUAAGGUCUCAAACAAAUAAGCGGCUAGGUAUUGCACAAUCAGAAAUAACUGCUGAACAGCUGAAAUUUAUAAUGUCUUGGAUAAACGAUUAUCAGAUCCAAGGUGUUGACGUGGGAUUUAAUGACUUAAGUGAGCUCGUGAAGCCAUUAGUGGGAAAGUUAACUUCGCUACCAUAUGAACAUUUGCAUUACUUUACAUUGAACAACACAAACAUUUCAACCGCUUACGAUGCUGCUUUAGUUUUAAGAGCACUAUCAAAAUUGCCCAGUCUUUAUUUCCUGGAUUUGAGCAACUUACCCCAAAUCUUCCCCGAGAUUUUCCCGUAUUUGAACAAGUACCUGCCUCGGAUGGCAAAUUUGAAGAGAAUGCAUCUUGACUCAAACGAUUUUACUUCCAGAGAAGUUCUGAUGGUGACAAGUGUACUACCGAAAUGUAAGGAGCUUCUUCAUAUUUCUCUCUUGAACAUUCCAACAGAAUCUUUCACGAAAGGAAUGAGUGCUAACGUUUACGAUUGUGUUCGCCAGUGUACAAAACUGACGAAUUUGGACAUAGCCUACGGCAACAUGCCUGAGGAGAUUUCAUCUCGCAUAGCACUUUGCUUAAUGCGCAGGAUGCACCGCGACUUCGAGCUAGAUGAUUUGACGACUCAAGACGAUUUGCUGUUUGAUGGUACUUUGCUUUCAGAAACAGCAGAGAACGUUUUUGAGAAAUUGAACAGCUUUGAAGACCUCGAGACAGAUGCCACUAGACGUUACCUUCUCAAAAAGUACUGGGAGAAAUUUAACCGUGUGCAUGAUAAUGUGCAGAGCACAAUUGAUCAAAUGUUUGAAAAGAGAAGCACAGGUGAAUUGAAUCUUCAGAGUAAAGAAAAUCUGCUGCGGCUUCUGUUCCUGGAGAACAACCUAUCUAACAUUUUGAGCGUGCUCAAAACAUAUCCGCAAGUGGCAAACGUUGCAGGCAUAGAGUCUAGCACUCGACAAACAAAUUCUGAGCAGGACUUUUCUAAUUUUGCGGAAACGGAGACCCCUACGCAUAUAAGACCCCAUUUAAUGGCAACUGAUUCGGGAAGGACAAUUGACGUAACUACUGGGAAAUCAAUCUUGGUGAAACCACCUUCACAUGUGGCUCUCGUCGGAAAAAGACAAGAAGAAGAGGAAGGAGAGUUCCACAAAUGGGGAUUUUUUGUCCAGCAACAAAAUUCUAUCUACCCUGACCACCACCAAGCUAGACCUCCAGUUGAAGAUUUAGCGAGUAAAAGGCCGGAAAGUGCAUCAUCUAGUGAAUCUCCCAAAUCGUCCCAACCUUCCACCACAACGCAAGCGACGCACAGUUUGAUUUCAAAAAUUCCAUCAGGUACGGAACUUCGAGACGCAGUGAUGCGUGCCAAAGGUAUCGAUUCGAUCGAAGAGCUAAUUGAAAAUGUUCAUGGCAAUCGUGUCACGCUUGAUAAAAUUUAUGGUGUGCCGCUUCAUCCGAUGACGCCCGCUGUCAACGAUACAAGCGGAAACCGUAGAACAAUGCCUAUUUCGCAGCUCUUAACGUCCAGUUCCAACGUGUCGAUUACGUCCUCAGAAUCGGGAGAUGAGGAAAAAGUCGACGAAACCUACGAUAAGCUCUUGAAUAGCUUGAGUAAAGUUCGUUCAAAUAAAUAA